AUGGCUGCCACUCUCUUCCGGCUCACAGCCAUCCUUCUCACCCUUACCCUCCCUCUCACAUUACUAGCAACCUCCCCCACUCCAAUGACCUCUUUGAUAGCUGCUGAUGCCGAAGACUACGAAGAGUAUGUAAUCGACACUCCAUUUGUCAAUACUAGAUCCUUGAGAGGUCGAUUUUUAGUGAGUAUCGUAAAGAAAGGUACACACUGUGAUGUUAGUAACAACAUAUGUAAUGGGAUUUUGGCAAACAAUGGUGCUAGCUGUCUUUUUUGCUGUAAGAGCCAUUGCCGCGAUGUUCUUAGAGACAAGAACAAUUGCGGAAGGUGUGGGCACAAGUGUGGUUUGGACAACUUUGUUGUGGGGGUAAAUGCACCAACGUAG